AUGGAUACAAUAUGGGGUGGAGAAGUUCAAAUUCAAGCGCUUUCUAUGGCUCUAUCUCAUCCUAUCUAUUCAUAUAUCCGAUUUGACAACAAUCCAGAAAAUAGACAUUAUAUUCCAUUGAAUAUUAGUUUACAGGAAUUAAUCGAUCGAUUUAAUAAAGGGACAGCAGGUGGUCAUUUAAAAUAUAUAGGAUAUAAAUCCGAUACGAAUAAAUUAGGAUUUUGUAUUUAUUACAACGGUACUCAUUAUGAUG